AUGUUGGACUACGAAUGGGGGAACCCGUCGACGAUCAUGCUCAACGGCGCCGUCGCCGUCGCCGUCGACGAACCCACUUCACAGCCCGACCAGAGCCGCCAUAUCUUCGAUCAGUACUCACAAAGCUUCAAUGAAACCACCAACACAGCUUAUCUCAACCCGAAUGACUUCCUUCACCACACACAUAACCCGAAUCACCACUAUCUCAACAACCCGACCCAAACCCAUCCUCAUUUCGCCUCUCUCUACGACCCACGCGCCUACGGCGGCGAUUGUGCGUACCCACAUGAGUCGCCUUCGCCGUUGCUUUCACUCGAACCUGAGGGAACCGGAAACGUUAACUCACAUGGGCAGACCGGAUAUAUGCUGAUGCCGAAGAGUGAACCCUCCGGUUGUGCCAUAGACUUCACUAACAACCGGAUUGGGUUGAACUUGGGUGGACGGACGUACUUCUCGUCGGCGGAGGAUGAUUUCGUGAACCGGCUGUACCGGCGGUCUCGGCCGCUAGAGGCGGCGCUGGUGAGCUCGCCGAGAUGUCAGGCGGAAGGGUGUAAUGCUGAUCUUACACACGCCAAGCACUACCAUCGCCGACACAAAGUCUGUGAGUUCCACUCAAAAGCCUCCACCGUCAUCACCGCCGGGUUAACUCAGCGAUUCUGCCAACAGUGCAGCAGAUUCCAUCUCUUGUCCGAGUUCGAUAACGGCAAGAGAAGUUGUCGGAAAAGAUUAGCCGAUCACAACCGCCGACGUAGAAAAUCAUCACAAAAUCAAGAUCACAGCAAGUCCCAGAGUUCAUCUUCUGACAUCAUAUCAAGGUAUCAAUCGGAUUCGAGAGGUUAA